AUGUCAUACGCCGAAAUCCCCCGCGGCACAGCGGCGCGGGGCCAAGAACCGAGUAUCGCCGAUGGCAUGACUCCUCCAGAGCGGCCGCGUCCGCCGUCUUCCAGGCGUCGCGAUAAGCCUCAACUUAGUUGCAAUGCUUGCCGAAGCCGCAAAGGUCUGGGUUCAUCGUGCGUUUACGGCGGCGCGGCGGCGGCGGCGCAGCCAGACCGUCCGCCGAGAAACGCCCCCGUACAGGAUCGUAUCAACCAGCUAGAGAGUCUGGUCUUGAGUCUGAUGCAGCAGGCCUCCUCAACUCCGAGCCCGCAUGCUUGGCCGCCCGACACACCAAGCCUGUCUGCCCCUCCUGCGGAUCACACUGCUCGAUCAGAUGCUGCGCCCCAUCCGUUCGAGCGCAAGGCUGAAUCCGAGCAGCUCUCGGAUGACGGGCCUGAGCAGAUCCCACGACAAGUGUCUCCCUCCCCCUCUGACUACGGCAGCAUUCGAAUUCGGAAGUCGGGCGCUAGCUAUGUCAGCGGCGCGCACUGGGCCGCCGUUCUCGACAGCAUCGCCGAGUUAAGGGACCACUUCGAGCACGAUGACGAGGGCUAUUCCAUUCCGGCUGAUACAGCCCGGCUUCCCGCCAAUUUCCCCAGCCCUCAGCUCCUCUACGGUGGCUGCCCCCUCUAUGCCACUCCAGCUUCCAUCCUCGAGUCACUACCCUCUCGACCCGUUGUGGAUAGGCUAGUUUCGCGAUAUUUUAAUGACUUGGACAUGGCUCCAGGCGUUCCUCAUAGCGGCAAAUUCCUUCGAGAGAGAGGGACUGCAGAAUUCCGUCCCGUACUAAUGCAAGAACACCAGUAUGAGGAGUUCUGGGGAGCUCCCCAAUCUGCACCCAUCGUAUGGGUUGGCCUUUUGUUCAGCAUGAUAUGUCUAUCUUCGCAGUUCCACCAGUUGUUUCUCGCCUCUCCCAACACACUAUUGACCGGUGGACGCUCUCCUCAGCAGCCGGAGUUCCUGGAGAUGCAGACAACCAUCAACUUAUACCGCGAGAAGAUUAUGCAAUGCCUCGUGCUAGGUCACUACACCAAAGGAGGCCCCUACGUUCUAGAGACCUUGAUCCUCUACUUUAUGGUGGAAGUAUUCCUUGCGAAGGAUACCGAGGUUGGCAUCUGGGUUCUGGUCGGCAAUAUAACUCAGAUAGCGAUGCACUCGGGAUAUCACUGGGAUGCCAAGCACUUCCCCAACAUCUCGCCCUUUGCUGGGGAGAUGCGGAGGCGAGUCUGGGCGGUGAUACUCCAGCUCGACUUUACCAUUUCAUCGCAGCUAGGGCUCCCAAGAGUGAUAAGGGAGAGCCAGACGGACACGAAUGAGCCUAGAAAUCUGGCCGACUCCGACUUUGACGAGUUUACUGCUGAAUUGCCACCUUGUCGACCUGAGACAGAAGCAACUCCCAUCCUUUAUACUUUAGCAAAGCUGAGGCUCCUCCACGUGGGGUGCAAAGUGGCGGAUAUGGCCACCGAACCUCGGCCGUACUCAUAUGCGCAGAUUCGGGACCUCGAUGAGCAGCUCAACGCGGCCCGAGACGCCCUCCCGUCCUGCUUGAAGUGGAAUGGACUUGCAUCCUGCAUCGCCGUAUCGCCGCAGGUCAUUAUCCAACGCAUAUGGCUGGAAGUGACUAUUCAGCGACAGAGGAUUGUCUUGCACAAAAGGUUCCUGGUGACAAGCCGACUGGAGCCGGAGCAUGCAUUCUCGCGAUCCACCUGCCUGAAAGCCGCCAUGGAUAUUCUGGAACUGCAACAUCUGAUUGACGAGGAGACCCAAAUCGACGGCCGGUUGUACCAAAGUCGCUGGAGGGUCAGCUUCUCCUUCAUACAGGAUUUCCUCCUCGCUACCAGCACGCUGUGCUUCUAUCUUCAAGCUCGAGAUAAGGGGCAGAAAGACCAACCCGAGGAUACGUCCCAGGUUACCAAUGACGCUCCAGUGGAUAUAGACCGUAUAAGACGCCUAUUGAGGACUUCUCAGGUUAUAUGGCUCCGGGAGAGCAGUGCCUCCAGAGAAGCCCGGAAGGCUGCUGCCGCUCUUGAUUAUGUGCUUGGCGAUUCUGGCGUCGGUUCCGACUCCUCCGGGCCUCCAGGCAUGCCCUCGGGCCCUUCUCCAGCACCCACAUCGGGUCCCUACUUUUCAGGAUUCCCGAACCUAAUGCCGGGUGUUGAUUUUGGUGGCGUUGACUUGGGCGCGCCAAACGAUAUGCCGUCCUGGCAAAGAUUUGCGCACAACUUUACUGGAGAUGUCGAGUCGUGGGCCGGAGCAAACAGCUCGCAGUUCACCAACUCAACGAAGAAUCGUGUACUUUCGAUGGCACCCCCUGAGCCGAUUGCCGUCAUUGGAAGCGCUUGCCGCUUUCCGGGUGGCUCUGAUACGCCCUCCAAGCUCUGGGAGCUACUUCGCGAGCCCCGGGACCUCCUCAAGACCGUACAAGCCGGCCGGCGUUUCGACCCCAAGACGUUUUACCACACAGAUCCCGAGCACCAUGGUACCACUAAUGUUCAAGCUUCUUAUUUUCUCGAUGAAGACCCAGCCGAGUUCGACAAUGGUUUCUUCAAUAUCCCGCCGUCCGAGGCUGAGGCCAUCGACCCUCAACAAAGAAUGCUGAUGGAAACUGUCUACGACGCGCUCUGCGCCGGCGGGCAGACUAUUGAGGGUCUACGUGGGUCAUCAUCGGCUAUCAUAGUUGGGCUUAUGGGUGACGACUGGUCGGGAGUGCUAUAUAAAGAUUGGGAGACCCUUCCCCAAUAUAGCGCCACCGGUAUGGGUCGCAGUAUUAUGUCUAAUCGUGUUUCCUACUUCUUUGACUGGCACGGCCCGUCUAUUACCCUUGACACAGCUUGCUCGUCAAGUUUGGUAGCAGUCCAUCUGGCGACACAAGCACUGCGUAAUGGAGAGUCACGGGUCGCAGUCGCAGCGGGGGCUAACCUCCUGCUGAGUCCUGCCAUGUACGUUGCGGAGAGCAACCUACAUAUGCUGUCCCCCACCGGGCGGAGCCGUAUGUGGGACCAAGACGUGGACGGUUACGCCCGUGGCGAGGGUAUCGCCGCUGUCGUCUUGAAGUCACUGAGCGAUGCGCUGCAAGACGGCGACCAUAUCGAAUGUAUCAUUCGCGCCACCGGCAUCAACCAAGAUGGCAAGACUCCUGGCCUGACUAUGCCCAGCGCGUCUGCGCAAGCUCAGCUCAUCCGCGAGACGUAUGCACGAGCUGGGCUCGACCUGAACAAGGGCGAGGACCGGCCACAGCUCUUCCACGCCCACGGCACAGGCACUCCGGCUGGCGACCCUCAGGAGGCUGAAGCGAUCUCCCGCGCCUUCUUUCCUGACGGGGCCUGGACCGCCGAAAAGCUCUACGUCAACUCAAUCAAAACCGUCAUCGGCCACACCGAAGGCAGCGCGGGGCUGGCCAGUCUGAUAAGCUCUUCGUUGGCCUUGCAGCACGGCAUCAUUCCACCCAACAUGCACUUCAACAAGCUCAAUCCACGCAUUGCCCCGUUCUACGAGGGCCUGGAAGUUCCCACCUCGGCGCGGCGGUGGCCCGACCUGCUUCCCGGCCAACCCCGACGAGCCAGCAUCAAUAGUUUUGGGUUUGGCGGGACGAAUGCUCAUGCUAUCAUUGAGGCCUAUGAGACGCCGCCGUUCACUGCCACGCAUGGUCCCCUGUUCACUCCACUGAUCAUAUCCGCGGCUAGUGAGAAGUCGCUACGAGCUCUGCUGACUUCCUACUCGGAAUAUCUACAGGGUAAUACUGAAGUGUCCCUACGUGACUUGGCUUAUACGCUGCAGAACAGACGUUCAACACUCGCCUUUCGCGCGGCUAUCUCGGUCUCGACUGUCAGAGACGCCGUCGAGCAAAUCGACAUCCUCCUGGCUAAGGAAGACGCGCCUGAAUUUCGCACGAAGCACUUUGUCAUCCCAACUCCGCGUAUUCUCGGCGUGUUUACUGGUCAGGGCGCCCAGUGGCCACGAAUGGGUGCCAAGUUGAUCGAGUCGUCCCCAUUUGUGUCAAAGCGACUAGAUGAGCUCGACUCCGCCUUGGCAUCUCUACCGCGCGACGAUCGCCCCAGCUGGACCCUGCGUGAACAGCUGCUGGCGGAUGCCGUGUCGUCAAGGGUUACCGAGGCCGCACUAUCGCAGCCCCUGUGCACAGCCGUGCAGAUUCUCCUUGUGGACCUACUGCAACUGGCGGGAAUCCGCCUGCACGCUGUUGUCGGUCACUCGUCUGGCGAAAUAGGCGCCGCUUAUGCCGCGGGGUUGCUUUCGGCCAGUGCCGCCAUCCGAGUAGCCUACUACCGCGGACUCCACGCUAGGCUCGCGAGUUCGCCCAAAGGUGUCAAGGGUGCGAUGAUGGCAGUGGGAACAUCGUUUGAAGAUGCGUGCGAGUUUGUUGGACUGGAAACUUUCGAGGGUCGGCUGCAGGUGGCGGCUCGCAAUGCGGCGUCCAGCAUCACACUUUCUGGCGACGAAGAUGCUGUUGCCCAAGCCGUGGAGAUCUUCAAGGACGAGGGCAAGUUUGCUCGCCAGCUCAAAGUCGAUACCGCUUACCACUCGGCUCAUAUGCUUCCUUGCGCGGCUCCUUAUCUGUCCUCCAUGGCCGCCCUGGAUGGCUUGUUCAGCAAGAAGGCCUCCGGUGCAGAGAGACCAACUUGGUACUCAAGCGUCCAAGAGGGCCAAGUCAUGUCAGUCGGUGAGCUCAAUGCGCAGUAUUGGGUCGACAACAUGACCAGCACAGUUCUGUUUGCUCCCGCCGUGGCGGCUGCCGCGACGCACAGUGGCCCAUUCGACUUGGUCUUGGAGCUGGGACCGCAUCCAGCACUCAGGGGACCAUGCUCGGAAACCCUGGAGGAGGUGCUGGGAGACCACAUUCCUUACUCUAGCUUGCUCUCCAGAGGGAAAGAGGACAUCUUGGAGCUCUCGACUAGCCUAGGCUUCGUGUGGUCGAUCUUAGGAGCUGGCUCAAUUUGCUUUGACCAAUUCGAGACUGCCGUUUCAGGACGUUCCGAUGGCCGUCGCCUGAUACGAGACCUCCCGAAGUACCCUUUCGACCACUCAAAGUCAUUCUGGACCAUGUCCCGUGUCUCUGGUGCCCAUACCGUUGCGGCUCCUGGUCCGCCUCACCCACUCCUUGGCAGGCGCCAAAUUGAACGCGAGACCGCGCAUGAGACGCAAUGGCGUAAUAUCCUGCGGCUUGGCGAGAUUUCAUGGCUCAAGGGUCACAAGAUUCAGGGCCAAAUUGUCUUUCCUGCUGCUGGUUUCGUCACCAUGGCCCUAGAGGCUGUGAUGGCCCUGGCUGGAAUGUCGCGAGUCUCGUUGGUGACCAUCGAGAACCUCCAUAUCGGCCGAGCCAUGGCUUUCAACACGGAACACUCCAGCGUCGAGUGUCUUUUUACUCUCCACGUUGUCCGCUCCGGGAAGGGAAGUAUUCAGGCCAACUUCUCGUGUUGUUCUGGCGAUCCUGACAUACCAGGGUCGUCCCUAGGUCUUAAUGCUGAAGGUUCAGUGAUGGCGGUGCUCGCUGAGCCUGAGCCGGAUUGUCUCCCGUUCAUCGAGGCCGAGGACUGGAACAUGUCAAGCAUCGAGGUGGAGCGCUUCUAUGACCAGUUCACCAAGCUCAAGUACGAAUAUGUCGCCCCGUUCCGCGGUGUGCGUGCAAUCAAACGUAGGAACGGCUAUGCCACUGGCAUUAUCGACGACCAGUCAGGAUCAGACUGGGAAGACCAAUUCCUGGUCCACCCUGCUAUGCUUGACACGGCUCUUCAGACCUCCUCGGCAGCCUUUAGCUGUCCCGGAGACGGGCGGAUGUGGGGCCUGUUCAUCCCGGCCGGUAUUCGACGCAUUACCAUUAAUCCCUAUUUCACAGCGUACGGCAUCGGAAAGCAGCAAGAGCACCCGUGGGAGUGUAUCCUGCGGGGUUCCAGGGGAGGGGGAAGUACCACCGACAUUACCCUAUUCUCCGAAGACCGCACCCACACGUUUAUCCAGAUAGAAGAGUUAGAGGUGAUACCCUUAACUGCGGCCCGGCCAGAUGAUGAUACCAUUCUGUUUUCCCGAUUCGACUACAAGGUUGAUCGACCCAACGGCGAUCUCGCAGCACCAGCUCAGGACGGCAUCACGUCUGAGUAUAUCGAUGAUGCCAUGAAAGCAGAGCGUGUAUCGUACUUUUACCUCCGCCGUCUGCUCGACACCAUCACACCCGAGGAGAGGGCCAAAGCGUUACCACACUACCAGCACUUACUCGCCUGGGCGGCCAGGAAUGUUGAGAUGGUGAGGCGCGGCAAGAACUCGCUCGUGCCGGCCUCUUACGAAACCGACACAUAUGAUCAGAUUAAUGCGAUAUUGGAGAAGAGCCGACACCGAGCAGAUGUUCGCAUGCUGGAGGCCGUGGGUGAACACGUGGCCGAGGUUAUCCGGUCAGGUUCGAGCAUUCUCGAAUACAUGACCCAAAGCGGCCUUUUCGACUUCUAUGACGCCGGCUUGGGCCUUGAUAUUGCUAACCGCCAGUUCGCGCGCAUGGUGGCUCAGAUGGCCCAUCGUUACCCGCAUAUGAAGGUGUUCGAGAUUGGUGCUGGAACGGGUGGAUCUACCCGACACCUUCUCCCUGUUCUCGGAUCUGCCUUCUCCUCAUACACGUAUACGGAUAUCUCCAGCGCUUUCUUCGAGGCGGCCGAAGAACGGUUCCAGGAGUAUGCCAGUCGAAUGAUUUUCCAAACCUACGACAUGGAAAAGUCUCCCGAGUCUCAAGGCUAUGUCCAAGGUUCGUACGAUCUGGUGGUCGCCUCCAACGUACUGCACGCGACAGGCAAGCUAGAGGAUAUGAUGACGAGUGUGCGUCAGCUCCUCAAGCCGGGUGGUUAUCUUAUAGCCCUGGAACUCACUACCAAUGACACACUCCGUGUUGGUCUGCCGAUGGGGACCUUACCCGGGUGGUGGGUUGGAGCGGAGAGCGGCCGACCGUGGGGACCGACCUUGACCCUACCCCAGUGGGACUCGCUGUUACGAAGGUGUGGUUUUGGAGGCGUCGAAACAAGCACGCCUCUGAUGAACAAACUCCACGCCUCGGCCGUAUUCGCCGCGCAGGCGGUGGAUGACCGCAUCAACGGGCUCCGGUCUCCGUUGUCGUCCAUGAGCUCCCUCCCGCCCACCGAGGCACCCCGGCUAAUCAUGGUGGGCGGAGAAUCACUCACGGGCCACCGCAUUGCAGAGCGGCUCGAGACUUUGCUCGCGCCAAGAUUUAACUAUAUCGAGCGCGUCACAUCUUUUGAGGACCUUGAUGAGCACAUAAUUCUGCCCGGAAGCACCGUCCUUUGCAUUACAGAGCUGGACGAGCCCGUGUUCAAGAACCUUACACCCGGCAAGCUCGACUCUCUGAAGGCCCUCUGGCGGGCAGCGGGAACUGUUCUCUGGGUUACGCGGGGUGCAAGGGCAGAGAAGCCUCACUCCUUCAUGGCCGUUGGUCUCGGACGUGUCGUUAAAUUCGAGUACCCGAAUGUUCUGCUCCAGAUCCUCGACCUCGAGGUACUUGAGGACAAGACGCCGCAGCUCCUUGCUGAGGAGCUACUCCGUCUCAAGGCACUAAGGAAAUGGGAGAAGGAGGCCGCCCCUGGAGACCAGAUUCUCUGGUCCAUCGAACCAGAAGUGUAUAUCGAAUCUGGGUCUCGCCUCAUUCCACGGCUUUAUCCGUGCAACGAGGCUAAUGGCCGAGCCAACUCCGCACGCCGCCCCGUGACCAAACAGAUCAACCCAUACGAGACUCCAAUCGUGCUGGGCGGCGACGAUACUUCCUACGAACUUCAGUACCCAUCACCCUUGCGUCUUCCCUGCCCACCCCCUGCACUCGGGUUGACUAAGACUAUCCGACUUUCACACUUGCUUCUGCAAACAAUCCAUACUGGGUCGGCUGGGUAUCUCAUGGCCUGUGUGGGCAUAGAUGAAGCUUCGGGAGAGCAAGUCCUUGCCCUAUCACACACGCCGGACUCCAGAGCAACAGUGCUCGCGGAUUGGACUGUGCCGCUCGCCAGAGCCAAUCCAGCCAAGGCACUCGUCGCCGUUGCAGCUCACUUGACAGCGUCGAAUAUUCUCAGGUUGGUGCCACGCGGAGGCACGCUCGUGGUGCACGAGCCAGACGAGUUCGUCGGGUCUGCUUUGUUUAGACAUGCUGCCCAAGCAGCAGUGCAAGUCGUGAUCACCACCAUGCGUAAAACGAUGGCAGCAGCGGGCUGGCGCUAUAUUCCUGCUCAGGCCCCACGGCGACUGGUUCAGAGAGCUUUGCCCGCCGGGUGUUUUACGUUUAUCGACUUGUCACAGGCCCCGGGUUCAACCCAGGUCGGGCAGCUAAUCGCCGAGUGUAUUCCUGAGAAGCCUCCAUGCACUGCCAAGCAUUUUUUCGGUACGCCAGGGGCGGUCCGUCCACUUUCUUCCCCCAGUCAAAUAGUCGAACCAUUCCACGCCGCAUGGUACGCCGCCAGCGAGGCUCUUAGCAGUAAGGACCAACUUGGAAGUCCUCCCACCGUACAGCUCAAGGAUGUUUCGGGAAUCCCGCUUUUCGAAACGCCUUUAACAGUUGCUGAGUUUUCCAGCUCUGCGGUUUCAACCCAUGUGCAGGCGGUGGAUUGCGGAAACAUAUUCCGAGAGGACCGGACGUACCUUAUGGUCGGCAUGUCUGGACAAGUUGGACAGUCUUUAUGCCGGUGGAUGGUCGAGCGAGGUGCUAGGCAUGUGGUCUUGACGAGUCGGCGACCCAAGGUCCAUCCCGAGUUCAUCCAGUCAAUCGACGCCCUCGGUGCGACUGUCCGGAUUCUGCCUCUGGACAUCACUAGCAAGGAGAGUCUGCUCGCGUGCCACGAUGAGAUCUCUAUGACCAUGCCUCCCAUCGCCGGCGUCGCGCAAGGUGCUAUGGUCCUGGAAGACUCUCUAUUCGAUCGCAUGUCCUUUGAUGCUCUUUCCAAGGUCCUCCAUCCCAAGGUCGUUGGCACACAGCUACUCGAUGAUCUUUUCCAUGAUACCCCAUUGGACUUCUUCAUAGUCUUCUCAUCCCUGACAGGGGUAGUUGGCAACAGCGGCCAGAGCAAUUACAUUGCCGCCAACAUGUUCAUGACCGCUCUGGCUGCGCAGCGCAAGAAGCGUGGUGUGGCGGGAUCCGCCAUCGCCAUCAGCUCCGUCAUAGGUAUUGGCUACGUCGAGCGAUCCGAGGACUUCUCUGAGGACUACUUCGCGAAGCUUGGUUUCCGAAACAUCUCUGAGCAGGACCUGCAACAAUUGUUUGCCGAAGGAAUUCGUGUUGGCCGGCCGGACUGUCCUGAAAACUCAGAAAUUGCCACUGGUAUAGAGCCUCUCUACGCCGACACGCUUCUCAAGGCUCAAUUCCGCGACGAUAUCAAGUUCAACCAUUUCAUAAUGGAACGCCUGGGGCACCAGAACUUGGCCGGUAAGCUCUCAUCUCUGCCUGUGCGUGUGCAGCUCGCCGAAGCCAAGACCAAAGUACAGGCGAGCGAUAUAAUCAAAGAAUCCUUUAUGGCACGUCUCAAGCGUACGCUCAUGGUCUCGCAGGAGGAUACUGUCAAUGAAAAGGUGUCUCUGGUUGAACAGGGGAUAGACUCCCUUAUGGCUGUCGAGGUGCGCUCUUGGUUCUUGAAGGAGCUCGAAGUCGAUAUUCCAGUCCUCAAGAUUCUCGGUGGUGCCUCUAUCACCAGUCUCCUAGUUGAAGCCAUCGACGCCAUGCCCACUUCGAUUGUCGACAUGGACGUCUUGGCCGGUGGACGCGGACAGGAUGCAAAGGCAGCUGGGAUCGCGCCCAAAGGGCCGAAAGUAGCUCCUGCUACACCAAUUGCGCCGACACUGGGUACAGGUACCAGCUCUAAUGAAGCUGGAUCGGACAGCUGCGGUUCGCUCCAUGACAGCCCUUCACAGGUUGACACACCGCUACAAACACCAAUGACGGAGCCACUGGUGUACCUGGGCCCAGGCGUUCCCCUUAAUGACAUUGAGAACCAGAACGACGAGAUGCUUCCAAAGCCCACAGGCCAUAAAGCAGCCCUUGAUCACACAAAACAACCACCAGGAAUCACAGACAUCACCUCUGCAGAUGAUGAAGCCAAGGUCCAGAGGGAAAUUCCAGAUCUAAGCCACCUUGUUGACAAGGAAGAAUCAGCUCCAAUGUCAUACGGUCAAGCCCGCUUCUGGUUCUUGAACGACUACCUUGAGGAUAAGAGGAGCUUCAAUAUGACAGUCAUGUUUAAGCUCGUGGGGAAGAUGGAUAUUCCCCGGCUCGAGAACGCGGUGUGGAUACUCGGACAGCGACACGAGGCGCUGAGAACUCGAUACUUCUGGGCCGGAGAGGGAGAGCAGCGUGUUCCAAUGCAAGGCGUCUUGCCUGAGUCGCCCAUCCGUUUGUUUCACAAAAAGGUCGAGACGGAAGCGAAUGCCUACGAAGAGCUCAAGAAGAUGCACGACCACAUCUGGGACUUAAGUUCCUGGGAAGCUGCUAAGAUCCACCUCAUUACUGUCAAUGACCACACGCACUUCCUUCUCGUCAGCGGCCACCACAUUUCUUGGGAUGGUUACAGCUUCACUGUCCUCUUUGUCGACCUCGAGGCUGCAUACACCGGGAAGCCAUUGGCACCUCUCGGACCGCAGAAUCAAUACAGAGCCUUCUCUCAGUUGCAGAGAGAGUCGUACGAGAUGGGCACCAUGAAAAAGACGCUACAGGAAUUCCGCCAAGUCAUCACCAAUCCUGAUAUUCCGGCCAUUCCACCUUUUCCCUUUGCUAAGUCGCCCAUUCGGCCCGUCCUUGACCGAUUCGUUCAGUUUGAGGCGAAGGCUACUCUCCAGCCGCCGCUUGUAUCGAAGCUGAAGAAGCUUGCCAGGGAGAACAAGGCCACCAUGUUUCAUGUCUACCUGGCCGCGCUGCAGGCUUUGGUGCUCCGCCUUCUUCCAGAAGUCGAUGACUUCUUCUUGGGUGUCGCUGACGCCAAUCGCCUGGACAAGAAUUUCAUGGCCAGCUUAGGUUUCUUUUUGAACCUGCUGCCCUUAUACUUUACGCGUGUCCAGAAGAUGAGGAUCAGCAAUCUCAUCAAGGAUGCACGCGACAAGGCCUAUGGUGCUCUCCAGCGCUCCCACGUGCCAUGGAAUGUCAUCCUAAAGGAGCUCGGCAUCCCCCGCACGAACACUCACGCACCCAUCUACCAGCUCUUUGUGGACUACCGCCAGGUUUUCCAAGAGCGCUCCGUCUGGGGUGGAUGCAAGCUCAGUGGUGAGACAUGGUUAAACGCCCGCAACGGCUAUGACCUCACCCUCGGAAUAACCGACAAUCCGACUGGCGAGUCGUGGCUUUCCAUUCGCCUUACUGCGAACAUGUACACACAGGCUGGCACCGACCUGCUCAUGAGAUCCUACGUAAACUUGCUCGAGACAUUUGCCCACGGAAUCGACCUGGAAGUCGACGCAUUGCCAGCGUACGCGCCUAAUGACAUUGAGGAGGCGCUCCAGAUCGGUAGAGGACCGCUGUUGACACUGGACUGGCCGGCCACCACGUCUCAUCGCAUUGACCAAAUGAUCGAGCGCCACAGCUCGGAGUCAGCUCUGGUGGACGGAGCAGGAAAUAGGCUCACCUAUAAUCAGAUGGGAAAUCGAAUCAACAUUAUCGCUUCCGCUCUCGUCACUAUGGGAGCGAGAGAAGGAGCCCCAGUUGGUGUCUUUCAACAACCCGGUGUCGACUGGAUUUGCUCCAUGCUUGCGGUAUGGAAAGUUGGCGGGAUUUACAUCCCUCUGGAUCUCCGGAACUCAGUCUCUCGUCUCGUUAGCAUUGUAGAAGCCGUCAAGCCAGAAGUCUUCCUGACUGACAAUGACACAACAACCAAGACCAAGAAGAUUGGAGGAGGCGACACUACGAAGGAGAUUGUGGUCUCGGAUCUCCCGGACGCCCCCUCGAUACAGACGCUUAUCCCUAACAAAGCAAAACCAGAAUCAAUUGCGGUGAUUCUCUUCACGAGUGGCACAACAGGCAAACCCAAGGGUAUUCUCAUGACCCACGCUAACUUACGAGCAGAGAGUGAGGGUUAUUCGCGAGCCUGCGGCAUUCCCGAGCUUGCCAAGAUCGUUCUUCAACAGACCAUUUACAGCUUUGACGUCUCGCUGGACCAGAUAGUUGCCGCCCUCGCAGAAGGCGGCUGCUUGGUUGUCGUACCGGCCGACAAGAGGGGUGAUCCGCAGUCCAUUACUGAGAUGAUGAUCGAGCAUGGUGUUACUUAUACGGUCGCCACACCCUCCGAAUACGAGAUGUGGUUCCGCUACGCACGCGGUAAUCUAUCCCGGUGCACGGCCUGGCGCGCUGCCUUUGGUGGAGGCGAGCACCUCCACCGUGGGCUCAUUCACGAAUUUGCCCGUCUCGCGAUGGAGCUGCCGGAACUGCGGCUGUUCAACAAUUACGGUCCAACCGAAGCCACGCUCGCCAUCACCAAGGGCGAGGUCAAGUAUAGCGACCCCGACCUAGAGGAGCACGUCCCAGCCGGCUUUAUUCUGCCCAACUACACGGUCGCCGUUCUGGACGACAGCCUCCAGCCCCUUCCGGUGGGCGUGGCGGGAGAGAUCUGUGCAGGCGGCCCUGGCAUCACCAACGGAUACCUCGAUCUGCCGGACAUGACCGGAGAGUUGUUCAUUGCUGGUACCGCGCUGAGCUCCACAGCUGCCCAGCUUAGCCGCACUUGGUACCGCACCGGGGAUCGUGGUCGUCUCCGAGAAGAUGGUGCGCUCUAUUGGCUCGGCCGUAUUUCCGGGGACACCCAGGUGAAGGUGCGCGGCUUCCGUAUCGAAGUGCAAGAAGUGGAGGUUGUUCUCCUCGAAGCCGCAAAAGGAGCGCUCUCGCAUGCCGUUGUGACAUUGCGGGGCGAGGGCGAAGACAAGUUCCUGGCUGCCCACGUCGUGUUUGCCCCAGAAUUCCCGGAGAGCCACCGCCCGGCCCUGCUAAAGCAUCUUGAAUCGCGCUUGCCUCUGCCGCCGUACAUGCAGCCGGCAGUGAUCGUGCCCAUGGCUCAUAUCCCUGUAACUGGCAACCUCAAAUUCGAUCGCCAGGCGAUCCGGGCUUUGUCGCUGCCCGGUCGGGCUGUGAACUCGACUGCAAGCCUCGAUCUCGAGAAGACGAUGGAAGCACUCUGGAGGAGGGUCAUUCCGCACUCCGUCCGGGCCCUCACGCCCGAGACUAAUUUCUUCGACGUCGGUGGCACUUCAAUUCUGCUCGUGAAGCUGCAGUCGCUUAUCAAAGCGACACUGAAUGCGGGCCCAACCCUAGUUGACCUAAUGAACUUCAACACGUUAGGUGGCAUGGCAAAGAUUGUCGGAGCCUAUGCCGGGACACAGGUCAUAGACUGGGAGGCUGAGACCGCUGUGCCAGAGCCUCUGCGUCAGCUAGGGAAGGCCAGGAUGGACGCCCGGCCGAGGAAGAGGACCAAUCUGACCGUUAUCUUGGCCGGCGCCACAGGCUACCUGGGACGCCACUUGGUGCAUCGACUCGUUGACUCCCAGCAGGUGGCUGAGAUCGUCUGCCUGGUACGGGACGAGGGCGCUGCGUCACUGUCCCUCCCUCCUCCCCACGCUAAGGUCAAAUUCAUGUGUGCCGACAUUUCUCUACCGGACUUGGACCUCUCGACUUCGUCCUUCGCGGCUCUGGCGGCCAAAGCCGACCUAGUCGUCCACUGUGCCGCGAAUCGGUCCUUUUUUGACGACUACGAGGCCUUACGCCCUGUUAAUGUCUCAUCGGUCAAGGAUAUGGCCCGUCUUGCGUUUGCCAACCGUGCGCCAUUUCACAUCGUGACCUCCGGAGCAGUCAAGAUGUAUGAGGGCGCUGCUCCGCCCAUCGACGGGUCCGAUGGAUACGUCGCCAGCAAGUGGGUUGCCGAGACCUUCCUACGCAAGACCGCAUGCCAAGGGCUUCAGGUAUCUCUGCACAGGCCUCUGCCAUUCGGCGGCGACGUGACGAGCCAGUCGGCGCCUCAUGGCACAGCCGCCUCCAUGGCCGUUCUAAACAGCUUACUUCGCAUCACGCGCAAGCUCGGCACACGUCCCGACUUCGGAACCGUCAGUGGCUACCUCGAUGUGGUACCUGUUGAGGAGGUCACGGCUACCAUGGUCUCUUCUAUUACCGGCGGUGACAGUGAUGAAGGGAGCGUAGAAAUUAUCGAGCACCACGGCAGCCUCCGGCUGAAUGUGAAAGACUUUGCUGAGAUGGUCCGGAACAACGAGCAACUACGAGCACUGCCAACCUCGAAUCCUCUGUUUUGGUUCGCUGAUGUAAAGAAGGCGGGGUUUGAGUACCUUAUCACCUCACACCACCUGCUGAUGAGCUCAAAGGAUGGAAAGCUGGUAGCAAGACGUUAA